AUGCAUGUUUGAGGGGGAAGGGUCUUCUGUCCUCCCGCGGGAGCUUGUAUGUUUUUAAUCCUUCGGAAGGUUUAAUCGUUCCGUUGGCCUUGUGUUUGAGACUUGUGUUGUGAUCGGGCACCUUAGAACGUGUUGGUUUCAGAAGGGUUUUCAGGUGAGUGGGUUACACCAAAAACUGGUAGUUUUCUCCCCGAGCCUAUACUCCGCGAAUCCUUACGUGAAGAGUUUGCCCUUAAAUUCAGAUAGGAUAACGCGACUCCCAGAUAAAUUUUGGAAAGAAAAUACUGUAAGGGCUCGCUCUACUAAGAAAUUCUGCAUCUUAAAGUUCCUGAUCCUGGAAAGUUUAAAAAUCUGGUCAGCGAUUACCACUUGAUCAGUAUUGGGGAAGAGCUGUUCUUAAAGCGGAUUCUCUUGUUUCUGAAAAAGCUUCCUAUAAAUAAGGCUGAGUAAUUACAGGAUGCCAGUGAGCUGAAGGAUUUUUCGAUUUCUUGAUUCCUGCUUCUGGUGGGUGCACUUGUCUGAUUCAGUCGUUUUUAAUACCUGAAAAACAGGAGGAAACACGAUUUCAUUUUUUCAAAGCAUCCGUUAAAUUCUCCAGAGCACAUCAUGACCGUCAGCAGUUGUCUAAUUUUGGAGAGGUGGUUUCACCUGUAGGGAUUUAAACAGCACCUGGUGAGUCCCUGGUAAAGACAAAUAGGACCUCAGGGGAUUGAAUUUGGUCUUUUGGUCUAGGAUUGCCUCACCUGAUCACAGUAAUGGUAAACGUGGGUAGCUGCAGUUCCUGGUCUGUUGUAUAUUCUUGGGAGCGAGUGUUUCCACGGGGUUCUUGUAGGUUCAUUGGUCUCCUACCUUUCUGGCUUUCCAGCCCUGUGGGUUAAAAAAUUUUUUUAUUUGAGUAAGAUUUCCUGUUAGAGGUAUAUUUGUAAACACUGUGUGUACUGUUUUUUUGUAUGUUGUAAAUCCUACCAAAAGUAGAUUAAAAAGAUGAUGUUAAAAAAGACAAAUGAACGUACAUUUUCUCCAUACUCUAGUGGACCAUUCAUGUACUCCCCGAAGGGAUGUACCCUCCUUCAUGGAGCCCGGUGUUGGGUCAUAAAGCAAGCAGCGGCAGCUAAAUAGAAAUCCUGCUCAUUUGGGUACAUGUGAAGAUUUCUUGGCAGCUUAGUGUGGAAACCAUUGAUCACUUUGCUCUCAUUUCUGCCUGUUCUGUGUCCGCAAGAGAGCGAGCCCAAAUGAGCAAGAUAGCCCAGCAGAACAGCUCUCCGGGGAUAAGUGUUAUUCACACUCAGGCUCAUGCCAGCGGCUUACAGCAGGUUCCUCAGCUGGUGCCUGCUGGCCCGGGGGGAGGAGGCAAAGCCGUGCCUCCAAGCAAGCAAAGCAAAAAGAGUUCGCCCAUGGAUCGCAACAGCGAUGAGUAUCGUCAGCGCAGAGAGAGGAACAACAUGGCUGUGAAAAAGAGCCGGUUGAAAAGCAAGCAGAAAGCCCAGGAUACACUGCAGAGAGUGAAUCAGCUCAAAGAAGAGAAUGAACGGUUGGAAGCAAAAAUUAAAUUGCUGACUAAGGAAUUAAGCGUACUGAAAGAUUUGUUUCUGGAGCACGCACACAACCUUGCAGAUAACGUGCAACCCACUAGCACUGAAAAUACAACAGCUUCCGAUAAUGCAGGCCAGUAGACCUCACCUCUUCGAAACUUCACGACUCGUGGCUUGAACGUUAAAGGUGUGACUGCCUACACCAUUCAUAUCAAUGGCCGAACACUGUCUCGUUCCAUUAUUCAAAGAUCCACUGAAGGUUGUUUUCCAGGAUCAGCACUGAAGGGUUGAUUAGCUUAAAAAUGUUAGCCAUGUAAUUUGAAUAUCUAGUUUUAAAUGAUAGGGAUUUUUUUGUGUGGAUAAAACAUUUUUAAGGUAUAUGGUAAAAAAACAAACAAAAAAAUGCACCCCUGGACCUUGAUGUUCUUAAUAAAUCCUCACUUCCAAGAAAUGCUUCUUUUGUAGGUUGAUAAAAGGAAUGGGGAACUGGCAGGUCCUGCAGAAGGGUCUUGGUUUUAUUGGAGAUGAUUAAUUAGACUAAGGAAAGUUGAAUGCCAUCUCUGUUGAUUGUUUUGUGAUUUGUUUUUCUAAAUUAUGUAUUAAAAAUCCUUAGGGCUAUAGAAAUCAAUCACUUUGUAAUUUGGAGUGAUUUUAUGUAUAACAUAAACCUUGUUUUAGCCUAAUUAGUACUCUUUUCCCCCAACAAGUGUAACUUUUUGAGUAUUGGUGCCAGGUUAAGUAAAUUCCGUUGUGUUUUAAAGGCAGCAUUCAGCCAGUUGGCUUAAAAAUACAAAUAAUUAGGCAAAUAGGUUUCUUAAAAAUAACAGUAAAGCAUAUUAGAAUUAUCCUUUUGGGAUACCUUUGGGUUAUUGGAUCGGCAUUAUUUUGUUUUCUAACAAGAAAAAACCCCCAAGAGUUGUAUAUCACAAUUUUUAUUUCUGUAGAUGGUGGUCAAAUAAGUAAAUAUUUUUAAAAUACCAUUUUGACAGUCAAGUUAGUAAACUAAUGCCUUAACAGUUUACAGAUUGGGAUUUAGGUAGUUUCUCCUGUGUCUAAAUAUCUGAAAUGGGGCCAUGAUUUUUAAAGGCAUAAAUUUCUUGUGAAGGAUCAUUUGGCAUUUGAUCCUAACCAAGUGAUUAUUAGAAAAAUAUGUCAUCAACUCUAUGCCAUCUCCCAAAAUAGUAGUCUAAGAAAACUUGAAAGUGUAAGGUUUAACCUUUAAUUUAUUUCACUUAAAUACAUCUUUUUAUAUUGUUUUUGUGAUGUUUCUUUUUCUAGUUAGUGGGCUCUUGUAGACUUUUUGUACCACUGCUUCUGUUUGUUCAUUUGUAUGCUUUUGUGUCCCAUAAAUUAUUUUAGAAAGAAAAUGCUGGUAAAACUCAGGAUAUUGACAUUUUUGUUGAGAUUAAAAAAUGGCCGUCGCUGAAGUCGGGGAUUGCGCAGGUCUGGUUCAUGUCAGUGUCAGUGGUUUUGAUUGUCUUUGUUGAUUUCUUUCUUUUCUUUUCUUUUCCUUUUUUUUUUUUUUUAAAGCACAAUCCUAGCUCAGAUUUGUUGACUUUUGUGUAUUACUGUGUGUUUGUGUCUGGGCUGGUGACAAGAGACAAGAGUUGCAUCUGAUUAAAAAGUUUGUGUUACCAGGUAUCUUAUUUGGACAUGGUCACUUCAUUUUUGGCCAUAUUGUUUCUUACUAGGACCUAGAAGUUGUCCCCUUGGGUUGGUGCAAGACUGCUGUCUUUGCUCUUCUGGGCCAGCGGAAAUACCAUUGUGACCUGCAACUCAGUAAAGCCAUUAUUAAGGCCAUGAGCCUCUUCCACAUGUGACUGGAACCCAGUGUUGUUCAUGAGAGCCACUGGCCCGGGAGGGUUAGCUCCCCAGAGGGCCAGAAGACAGGAUUGAGGUUUCUGUUAGGGUCCAACACCAGUUUACUUUGGCUGGAGUAUCAGUCUGCUUCUCAGUCGAUAGAUGUUUUGACUAGGAGGUAACCCACAGAAUCCUCCUGAAUCUUUAAUAGCCGACUGAUAUUAUAUAAUUAACCUAAGUAGAGGUGCAGUUAGGCCACUUGAAUCUUUAAGUAUCUGUAAAGGUAUUAACAGACAUUGUUACCUCUUGUUUAUUAAAAAAAAAAAAAAAAGUCUUUCAGAAAUUGAUGUCCCUGUGGAAUUCAUGGUUACCAAUUAUAUGAAUUGACUUAACCAUCUUGGAAAAGGAGCUUUAGGGAAAUCAUCAGUGGUGUGCACUCGAAAUUUCAAAUCCGAACAGAUUGAAAUUUUAGGAAAAAUUGAUUCAAGCUUUCCUGUUACCUAUGCAAACCAGAACUUGAGCACAAGCCAUCAUGUGUGCAUAGAACAAAAAUGUUAACCAUUGUCUUACUGAAGUGUUUGGGAAUGAAAGUUUGCAGUUUGAUAGAUUUCUCAGUAUCAAAUUGAGGGAAACCAAGUAUGGGGAAUGGGUAGAUUUAGAGCUUUGGGAAUUAUAAGUUGACUUUUGUAACUUCUGUAGGUUACAUGUGAACCUUUAGGAUUUGAUCUGCCUUUGCUGGCAGGUCCCUUGAUUUAGGAAUUAGGCUUUAGUGUAAAUGUCUAACUGCAUCAGCGUCAUCCGAGAUGGGUGCUUUCUGGGUGGUAUUGGCAGCAGGUGGUGAGAUCAGAGCAACUCUUCCGCUGUCUGGCCCCUUGUGGUGACUGGAAUGUGAGCUAGGAUACUUUGGACAUUCUUACCAAGACGUAGUAAGAUAGCAAUUUUUUAUGACCAGGUGUUUGAAAUUUAGGUCACGAGUGUGAAAUCCUGAAAUUUACAUUAAAAAGUAGUAUGUGCAGUUUAAUAUUUGGUAUUAAAUCAGCUUUUGAUGUUUCUUAGUCCCCAUUAGAGGGCUUGAAACUUUGUACCCGAACAGCCCAGUUAGCACCUUUCGAUGCCUUAGAAUAGGAAGCAAUUUUCUGUUUGACAGAAGGUAGGGAGAAGAAAGUCCAUUCUAUAGCUGUUAGAGUUGCCUCUCAGGUAAAAGUCCUUUACCUUGUUCUUUGUGUUCCUGGCCUUCCUCAGUUUGUGAGAUUACUCUAUUUUUUUAAAUAUAAUUUUAUUUCUUUUAAUGAAUUUGAAAUAAAAAAACUUUGGAAUAAUGA